AUGAUCAUGAAAUGUAUGGAAGAGUUUGAAAAACACCUCGAAACGGCUAGGAAUCAGUCAAAGAAAGCGAAACGUACGCUGCUCUCAAACCUCGAAGAGAUGGAAAUUAGGAACGAGGAAAUCCAAGAAUCGCGGGAACAUUUCGCAGAAUUGAGAAACAACGGUGUCACGCUUGAAAAAUUCGUCCGGUUUUUCGAGGAAUGGUUGAAGAAAUCUCGCCUAACUGGGGAUAAAAUCAGACUGAGACACAGUUCACUUAAGGUGCAAUACCACAAAGCUGCGACUCUUCUCGCUAAUAAGAAACUAAUAGGGGAACACGUGCAGGAGGUUGAUUUUGAUCAACUCCGAGUCGAGAAUCGGCAUUUGACUGAGCAUAUUGAGAGCAAAAACUGUCUUCUAAUCGAAAUGAAGAAAAUGACAGCCAGUGGUAAUUUAAAACUGACUCAGUUGAAGAAAUUCCUACAGGAGAAAAUGGCCAAGAAGGAAGCGCUGCUUCAAAGUAUUAAAACGUUUGAAGAUGAUAUUAUGCGGUCGGAUGAGCAGUUAGAGAAGCUUUAUAAAGAGUUGGAUCAAGCCAAGAAAAAGUACGACCAGUGCAAAGAACGAUCUGAAAAUUAUUUGGCGCCCGAUGUUUUGGAGUGUAUUCGAAAGAAGGCAGAUGUUGAUAAUGCGAAAAAAGAGUUAAAAGUUUGGGAAAGGCGAAAGAUGCUGAAGGAACUAGUUCUGAGUAUUGCAAUAACUGAAAUGAAGAGGAUUUUCAGGUGUACAAAUACACACCCGUCUUGGUUCAAAUAG